AUGUUUACAAAGGUAAGCUACAGUUAUAACAAGUGUGCAGCAGGAUGCGGUCAAGGUACUACUGCUGCAUUAUGCGGUGAAACUUUUCCUGGUAUUCGAGCUCGGGUAAAUCAACGUGGAUUUCAAUAUGCCAGCAGUAUUAUGCGUGAAAUAAUUAAUCGUGAAGUACAUCGUGUAGUAAUACCACCAAUUACUGAGUGUUUACCAGGACCAAUUGUUAGUCUAUUUUUUUUUUUCUUUUUUUGACU